AAGCUGUGCCCGGGAUGAGCGCGGUCUGAAGAAUUCUGUGUUCCAAGUUGAAAUGAGCCUGAGCUUCUGUCCUUUCUUUGCAUCACACUUCUGGGUAGGACGGCAAAGAGCAAACAUCUUCACCACGAAAUUCCUUGUGUCAGGAUGCUCUCCCCGAGGGGCAGCAGCGGUGCUCUGAGCUCUGUGUUCCUGCCUUUUUCCACUGCGGAAUUAAAGUGCUGAGGGAUUAAGAUAUGAGGAAAAGCGUGCUGGGGUGGGGAGGGGGGAAUCGCAGCCAUUAGGUAUGUGACAAAUGUUAUGCAAAUACAGAGAUGCUGCUGUAAAUGCCCUGACUUGUUGCUUAGGAUUAAGGGAGAUUGGGAUUGGAAUUGUGUAAAUUGGUAAUGUAAAUUCACACCUUUGAAACUUGUGUGUCCCCCAUUAAAGGAACAUAAUUAAUAGCAAUAAAUCAGUGAAACCCUACUCUGCAACAGCUGUUCUCCAUAACCAAUUACUGGAGCUUGUGUUAAAACAUCUUUGACUUGAAGCAGUAGUUCUGUCUGGGCGUAUUUCAGCACGUAGCUCUCAGUAUCUGCACUGCCAAUUAGAUCUGUUGGAGCUCUUCACUGCUCUGAAUUGUACAUGAGUUUUACCUAAAUAAAACCAGAAGAGAUGAAAUGAUGAUUUUCAGUGCACACGGACUCAGAGCUGGGCCGAGGGGAUGGCAGCUGCUUUCACCUCCACGUGUUCUGUUUCUUCUAUGAGCAGUGAGGUAACAUCCUGCUGGGCCCAGUGGUACCUGCUGGGUGCAGUUCUUGGCUCUGUACAGGGCUGAUAUAUUGCAGCGCUUUCAUGGAUGAAGAUCGGUUUGCUUGAGGUUGUUGCAGUCCUGCCUCGCUCCGUAUCCUGCUCUGUGAUAUCUGUGCUGUCUAUGCCGAGCAAUGUGAUGUAUGCAAACCUCUGCCUUUCUGCUUUGCUGGAAACCACGCUUUACUCAAAGACACACCAUUGCUGCUGAGCUCACUGCAGAUUAAAGCAUCUGAAAGGGUUUGGUCUGAGCAUUCCUGGCAGCAAAGCUGCACUCCCAUUCUGGGGUCCCUCUGCCCCCCCAUCCCACAGCAUUUCCCGCCUCUGCCCCUCAGUUUCCCGCCGCCAUGUUUAAGGGCCGCCAGGCCUGGUUCUCACACAGCGUCCAGCCUGGCCCCCGGCAGCUGUGGGUGGCUGGUGGAGGGCUGCUGACCCGCUGGCAGGACGCUGACUAUCUCUUCAGCAGCGAUGCUGCCCACCCCGAUACCCGCAGAAUACAUGAGAGCCUGGAGUACCUGGAUGGCAGAGCUACGGUGUUCCAUUCCCGCUACCUCUCAGCGUGGGUGAGCAGCAGUGCUGCCAAGCAGCCGCCAGCGCCUCUGGGGCACUUCGUGCUGCCCCCUGCAUCACUGCAGGAAGAAAUCAGGAGAAAGAUUGGUAGAUUUCUUUGGGAGCAGCUGGAUGAUCCCCUUAUGGAACAGCCCAAAGAAAAUCUGUCUGAUGAACCAGAGACAGGGAGCAAGGAGUGUGAGCGAGGAGCUGGGGAGAAUGCACAGAACCUGUCUGAAAGCAGUGAAGGAAAAAGGGGCUCAAGAGCAUCCAGCCAGGGGGAGGUUCCAUGCCACACACUUCAGGAAUAUCCAGUCAAUAACAUGGUGACAGGCUACACCUCUGCCCGUGACAUGAGGAAAUACAUGGGAGAGCUCCACGACUUCAUUCCCGGCACCGUGGGUUACGCUGCCUACUGCGUUCAUCGUGACAUCAGCCUUCGCCCUGAUGUGAAAACCAAUAUUCCAAGUAACAGGCAGCUGUUCUCAGCAAAACCUUAACUGAGAUCUGCCCACGCCAUCAGCAGGUUGUUAUUCCAGUGGGCAGCCUUUCUUCUUGCUGUGUUUUAGUUAGAGACCAGUACUACUGAGCUGCAAAUCCCAAGUUAAAUCCCUGUAGUGCUUGAGGAAGUUCUAAGCCACCUGUGUUUGCUUUAUCCCAGUGACAGUUCUGUAUACUUUACAUACCUGCCUGCAUUUGUUGUCAACGCUUUUUUCCCUAAGCAAAUUACACAGCAAACAUGAAUAAAGGUGCAUCCCCAAAAAGCAAA